AUGAGAGAUUCCAAUAACAAGUCUAUUACGGCAAACAAGGCAGCCGUUUCGAUAACAUCCACUUUGUAUGAUCGCCGAGCUUUGGAUUGUACCGAGGACAAGCCUCUGGUGAAUUCGUUGAACCAUCUGACAUUUCUUGCGUCGUCGUCGCUGAAAGUGCGUGAGGCUCUUUCCCAGGACGGUGGGCUCGAACGUUUGGUUGAUAUUUUGUACGAAUGUCAACGGCCAACUUCCGAGAAGGAGAAAUGUAUUAGUGCCUGGAAAUGGGUGCUUGCGUUUCAGUGUCUUGUUCUUGUUGGUACCAGAGGCAACGAGAGAAUUAGAAAGAAGGUUGUGGAUGCCGGAAUGAUACCAAUCAUUGCCACGAUAUUAGACAAUUACGUUAUUUCCAAGAAAACCGCCUGGAAUUCGCAUUUUCAAGCCAACAAGGUGAACUAUCUCAAUACCGGCACUUCUAGCACCGCAAACACGUCUGCAACUGCGGCCGCCUCGGAAGUCGGAGACGAGAUUCUCACCAACCCGUCCUCGUUCCCCGCAUCGAGAGACGAACAACAACAAGCGCAGCAGCAACAACAACAACAACGCGACGAGCUGUACGACGGGCUGGACAAUGUCCAGAUAAAUGAGGUUUUCCAGAACGUCAGACGGCUCGUGGAGGAAGCUAACCAGACCGUGAUGGAAGCCGAGGCCGAAAUUUCCAAGCACGAGCGUUCGAAAAAGGAGUUCGCCAACGAGGCAGGCCUCGGCGAGACAGAAGCAUUACUAGACGAGGAAUACUCCAAGCUGUCCAAGUCACUCGUUUUCCUCAAUUUCCUUGAUAGAUUGAACACCACCGACGACAUUUCGAAAAUCAACCACGAACUGAUCACCAACUACCCAGAGCUAGCGAAAAACCCUGUUUUCACCAACCAACUUGUAAACAACCCUGAAAUAUCCAACAUCUUGAGCGACAACCUUUCUAACACGGACCUUCCGUUCUUCAAGAAGAUGGAGGAGAAGUUCAACCAGUCCAUUCCGCGGGACUUUGAGAACGGCAUUUUGAUCCCCAAAGAGGACGAUGUUGUUUGGUCUUUGCAGGUGCUGGCUUUCAUCUCCAAGUACACCUAUUUGAGAUACAAGCUCGCGGACACGUACAUCGUGAACGGAUUGUCGCUGCGAAACUACAACAUUCCGCCUCCUUUGGAGACCGACUGCGAGAUGAACGAGAAUGGCGAUUUGGUGAACGACUUUGGUGACGACGACGAGAGUCUGGAAGAUGACGAGGUUGCUGCGCACGAUUUGGACGAGUUCAUCAUUCCGGACGACAGCAAUUUCGACGGAGAAUCGAACUUGACUGGCGAGCAGUUUUCGCACACCACGAGCUCGUUGAAUUCGAGUAUGCUGAAGCCGAAACGGCAGAAGUUCCACGACUCGCAUCGGGGCGAGAGCAAGUACUGUCACCUGGCGCAGGAGUACAACGCUUUGCUGAACGAGCCGGAUCGGAUCGAGAAGGCCACGAAGCUCGAGAAGUUUGCACUCACCAUCUCGCGGUACUCUCACCGGGAGCACAACAAGCUGCGUUUGCGCAACAACAAGAUAUACAACGCGAAGCAGCAGGACUACUCGUCGAACUGGAACUACGACACCUGGGACGACUUUGAGAUGGGACCCUUGUCGCUGAUGUUCCCGAACUCGCAGCACAUCGACCCCGACAUCAAGCCGAUCAAGCGGGUGAACAUUUUCCCGUUGGUGGAGAAGUUCACGGUGAAGCAUCUGCACUCGAAGGACAUUGCGUACUGGGCCUCGGUGAUUGUUCGCAACUCGAACCGGAAAGACGAGUCGAAGGGUGGGCGGCGCCAAUGCGCGUACUUUGGAUGCGGCAAGUGGGAGGACGAGCCUCGCCAGUUUGCAAAGUGUCGGCGAUGCAAACGGGCCAAGUACUGCUCGAAAGAGUGCCAGUCGAAGGCGUGGACCUACCACAAGUACUGGUGCAACGCUGCUAGCGGGACUAACAGCGCGUCGUCGGCCGCCGGGUCGACGUCCACGUCGCACGCGCUCGGCGACCAGACCGACCAGACAGACCAGACCGACCAGACCGACCACGACGAGGCCGAGUCUGUUCUUAUUCCGUCUCAAUGA